CCGGCCGCCAGCAACACAGUCACCGGCCAACUCGCCCUCCCGCCUCCGAACCGAGCAGCAUAGAAAGUCCGUUACACUACCCGCGGAGCUUCACUUGGUCUCAGGCGAGCGUCGAGCGCGUACCCUCCUUCUCACCCAGCCUUAUUUAUUUCAUAUUUAUCAACCAUGAGGGAGAUUGUUCACAUUCAGGCUGGUCAGUGCGGCAACCAGAUUGGUGCCAAGUUCUGGGAAAUCAUCUCAGACGAGCACGGCAUUGACCCCACUGGUGCCUACCAUGGCGACUCCGACCUCCAGCUGGAGCGCAUCAAUGUCUACUACAACGAGGCAUCGGGUAAGGGUGGCAAAUAUGUGCCCCGUGCCAUCCUUGUCGACUUGGAGCCUGGUACCAUGGACUCUGUCCGAUCUGGUCCCUUCGGUCAAAUCUUCAGGCCAGACAACUUUGUCUUCGGACAGAGCGGUGCUGGUAACAACUGGGCCAAGGGUCACUACACAGAAGGUGCUGAGCUGGUCGACUCCGUCCUGGAUGUCGUCAGGAAAGAGGCUGAGAGCUGUGACUGCCUUCAGGGCUUCCAGCUGACCCACUCCCUUGGUGGUGGUACCGGAUCCGGUAUGGGUACCCUUCUUAUUUCCAAGAUUCGCGAGGAGUACCCCGACAGGAUCAUGAACACAUACUCCGUCGUCCCCUCACCUAAAGUGUCAGACACCGUCGUCGAGCCCUACAACGCCACCCUCUCCGUUCACCAGCUGGUCGAAAACACCGACGAAACCUACUGCAUCGAUAACGAGGCCCUCUACGACAUCUGCUUCAGGACACUGAAGCUCACCACCCCCACAUACGGAGACUUGAACCAUCUCGUUUCCCUCACCAUGUCCGGUGUCACAACAUGCCUUAGGUUCCCCGGUCAGCUUAACGCCGAUCUCCGCAAGCUCGCCGUCAACAUGGUGCCCUUCCCCCGUCUCCACUUCUUCAUGCCCGGUUUCGCACCCCUCACCUCCAGAGGCAGCCAGCAAUACCGCGCGCUCACCGUGCCCGAGCUCACCCAGCAGAUGUUCGACGCCAAGAACAUGAUGGCCGCCUGCGAUCCCCGACACGGCCGUUACCUCACCGUCGCCGCCGUCUUCCGAGGCCGCAUGUCCAUGAAGGAGGUCGACGAGCAGAUGCUGAACAUCCAGAACAAGAACAGCAGCUACUUCGUGGAAUGGAUCCCGAACAACGUCAAGACCGCCGUGUGCGACAUUCCUCCUCGUGGUCUUAAGAUGUCCGCCACCUUCAUCGGUAACUCCACCGCCAUCCAGGAGCUGUUCAAGCGUAUCUCCGAGCAGUUCACCGCUAUGUUCAGAAGGAAGGCCUUCUUGCAUUGGUACACCGGCGAGGGCAUGGACGAGAUGGAAUUCACUGAGGCCGAGUCCAACAUGAACGACCUGGUGUCUGAAUACCAACAGUACCAGGAGGCGACCGCGGACGAGGACGCGGAAUUCGAUGAGGAGCAGGAGCAGGAGGUCGAUGAGAACUAGGAAGUAGCCUUUCCUGUCAUUGUUUUACCUCUCUGUUGACGCUUUCCUCAUCCCUCGACUUUCCUUUUCCCUUUUUUUUUACUUUUCUAUUUUCUGCACGUGUCAUUCUUUUAUCGCCUUCUUCUUGAUUCUCUAUCAUUAUGUUUUUAAUUUCUGCGGCUGAGUCCUGUUAAUGUUUUUAAUGUAUUUUUCAGAUGUGUUUUGUACAUUUUCUGUAUCUGUAAGCUGUCUUUGUAAAGCUUUGUCUAUGAAUUCCCUACCACAUUCCUGGAUACUGCUAAAAGCCAUGUUCGUGAAUUUUUACUGUAAUGAAAGACUGAAAAGCUUUGUCCUGGCUUGUUCUCGAUUAGAAAAAAAUCUGCCUUGUAUGACUGCCAAGACAUUAAAGUUAUGGGCUAUUUAAUUCAAA